AUGGCAUCUUCAACAAACCCUCUACUUAACGGCGACAUCCAAUCAACCGCGCCCAACUCUCCCUCAAAAGCCUCCACGCCCAGGUCCCUCGAAAACAACACUACCCAAGAACUACAACCUCAACCACAUGAAUCCCCAACUAUCUGGCAUCUCUUCGACGACGAACACUUCCCCAAUCUUCUGAAAACAAUCCUCGACCUCUCAGAGCUCCCGAAUGGCGCGUUCCCGUCGGAUUCCGAAGACGACUCCGAAGACGAAGAUUUCGAGCCUUCUUCUGAUGAGGGCUCUUCCGAGUUUGAUAGCGAGUUUGACUUAGACGACGAUGACCUUGACUCAAUUCCGUCAAGCUCGGAUGACUUGGACAUAGAUAUUUUUGGUAUGGAUGCUAGGGAUGUUGCGGCUGGGAUUGGAUCUAGGGAUAAGGGAGCUGUGGCUGGCUCAGGAGAAACGAGAGUGUAA